AUGACAAGGCAUGGGUAUAGGAAGAUCUCACAAGACGACGAAAAAACUCCGCAAAAAGUUGGCUUUGUUUCUUAUGUUCUCUUCCUAUGGAUGAACAGUGUCUUCAGGACAGGUAAACAUCGAGCGUUGGAGCAAAGUGAUUUCUUACCUCUUUCAAAAGAAAAUAGUACUUCAUUCCUAACCCAAAAUCUUCAAGAGAACUGGAGGAAGGAAGAGAGAAAAUGCCAUGAAACUCCGCGAGGACGACCAAAGCUUUGGAAAAGCGUCAUAAGAACAAUCUCUUUUAGGGAACUAACGAUCCUCAUUUGCAUGGGUAUUUUUCGCUCAUUCUUCCGUAUUCCCCUUCCUCUGCUCCUUGGAUAUCUAAUUGCAUCGCUGAUGUCUUCUGAGCCACAGCAGGAAAUGUUUCUCUAUGGUUGUGCGCUGGCUCUUUUUAUCAGCGCCUUGAUGGAAAGAGUGACAGCUCAAAUGAUUAUGUACAGAUGUGAAUUACUGGGAAUAACAAUGAGUACUGCACUUAAAGGUCUUGUUUAUCAUAAGGUAGGUAUUCUUACUUAUAGAAAAUGUAGAGCAUGUAAUAAUUUAGUCGAAAAGCAAAGGUCUCAGUCGAAUAACUGUUUUAAUAAAAACGCACACAACUGCUGAUGUAUACCUCUGUACCUGAUGUAUAACUCUAUACCAACCAGCUUUCAUUUGCAUUGGUUUAACAACGACCGGAAAACAAAAGUAACUUUCGCUUCAAACAAUAACAUGAUUUACAACUUCAUGCCAGUGGAUGAAUAUAAAAUAAUGAGCGCUGUGUAAUUUUCAAUGUCCUUCAAUAGAAAAGUAGACAUUCUGAAAGUUUACAAAGCUUUGCACAGUCUGAAGUAGUCCAAACUGAAACGUUUUCAUGUGGAAAUUAAUCUGUCCGCAUAGGGAAUGCAAGUGAAAAAAGCAUCCAUAGCCACUCAGGUCGACUUUUUUUUUUUUUUUUUUUUUGUAAAAUGUGCCAACUUGUUUGAUCGCGGAUGCGUAAAAGGAUUUAAGACAAGAUCUCAGCGCUUCAGUUUGGGACUGUGAAGCUAAUAUGAAAGGUCAGUGACACAAAGACCGCUUAAAUUUCCGUACGAACCUUGAUGUAUAUUUACCGACCGAAUUAAAAUAGCUUUUUCGACGGGAUAUUGGAAUCGCUAGUCGUAGGCUCUUGGACAAACCAAUCUUUUUCCGCCAUCUCUUCACGGCUAACUCACAGAAAAUUUCUUUUCACUUCGCUGAUAAACUCAUUGACCAUAUUUGUCGGUUUUGGGUUAUGAGCUCGGAACUUCGUCAUUAGGUCAUAACAUGACUCCAUGCAGCCAAUAAGAAGGCUAUAAACUCAAUAUCCGUGCUCCAUUUUUACUGGAAAAAAAAAUUACUCCUCUUUUUUAGACACUUCUACUCAGCAAAGACGCAUUGUUCCAGUACACAACAGGAAAAGUGAUUGACCUGGUUUCCAACGAUGUUCAGCGAUUGGAAGGAGAGACUAUCAAGUGGAUCUUUUUGGGUUCCAUUUCAUUUAUUGAGCUCCUGACUCUACCGUUUUUAAUGGUUUAUUUCAUUGGCUGGCAGUCUCUCAUGGGAGUAUUCUUUUUGUACCUCCUCCUUCCAUAUUUCGUCUUACUGUCCCAAGGAGGUGCUGUUCUGCGCUUGCGUACAGCGGCGGUCUCUGACCAACGCAUCUCUCUAAUGAAUCAGAUUGUUUCAGGGAUACGCACUAUCAAAAUGCAUGCGUGGGAAGAUGAAUACCGGCAAAAAAUCAAGAAACCACGAAGGUGUGUAAAGAUAUUAUGAAACUGAUAGUUGUAUACUGAACCCAAGUUUUAUGCAGGCUGUUUAAUGCGCUCUUAGAUGAAGUAAUGUUGUUCUUGUUCCUACUCGAUUCCAAUUUUACUUUUUGCCGCUGUUUCCAUAUUUCCUGCGAAAUGAGUUAUCUGCCAGUAGUUGGCAUAAUCUUUAGAUAGCGAAUCAAAGAGAUCACCAAGAACACCAAGACCCCUUAGUAUGUAUGUCACUCUCAAUUGUUCUCAAAAUAUCCCAAUUUUGCUCUUCCUUUUUUUUUCAGAGAUGAAAUUUCCAUUAUUCAAAAGAAAUGUGUUCUACGCGCAGGUGUUUUGGCCCUCAGAUUCACUUCGGUUAUCAUUGCAACAUUGUUGUCUGUCAUUACCCUUGUGCUGACUGAGGAAACUCUUACACCAGUCAAUGUCUUUGUGUUGGUUUCAUUUAACAACAUGCUCACAUUAUGUAUCGGCACUUACCUUGGGCUUGCCUUGUUAGAGGGAUACGAAGCUUAUGCCUCGCUUGGUAGAAUUGAAGAAUUUCUCCUUUUGAAAAAUUUGCGAGUCAUUUCAAGAGAUCGCUCAAGCCAAAAAGAAACAGAAAUUGAAGCAGAAAAGCCAUCUGAGAUGAAGAGAAAUUCAUUAGAUUGCCAGAAAAAACGGAGAGAUCUUUCCACAGCUGAUGAAUUGCAAGAUCAAACGUCAUUACGUGUGAGAAGUUUGGCGUACAAGCAAGCGGAGCGACAAGACUCCUACAUUCUUCAAGAUAUCGAGUUUUGCACUCCUGUUAGUAGUUUAACAGUCAUCACCGGGCCAGUUGGUAGUGGGAAAUCUACUCUUCUAUCAGUGAUCGCUGGUGAAGUUCCAUGCACACACGGAGAAGUGUCAUGCCGAGGAACUUUAGCGUAUGUUCCGCAGACGGCUUGGGUAUUCUCUGGAACCAUACGAGACAACAUUUUGUUUGGUCUGUCAUACGAGGAGCAAAAGUACACCAGAGUUAUUGAAGCUUGCGCUCUAGCUGACGACAUCCAGCAGUUUCCUAGCACCGAUCAAACAGGCGUCGGCGAGCGCGGUGUUGUUCUGAGCGGAGGCCAGCGGGCAAGGGUAAGUUUAGCACGUGCAGUGUACGCUGAUGCAGAUCUGUACGUUUUGGAUGAUCCUCUGAGUGCCGUAGACUUCAAAGUUGGACAACACAUAUUUGAAAAAUGUGUCAAAGAACUACUAAGAAAUAAAACUCGGAUGAUGGCCUCUCAUCACAAGGAUCACAUGAAAGAUGCCGAUGAAGUGAUCGUGUUAUAUAAGGGCCGUAUGCUGGAAAGGGGAGGUUUCCUUGAGUUACAAGACAAAGGAAUCCUUAAUAACACGAUUGACCCGCCCCAUAAGAAGAUUUCAAAAGGAAGUUUAGGAGAGGAAUUUGCGAGAGAGGAAGAAAAUAAGGGUGUUGAAGCUGCUGGCAACUUGAUUGGAAUUGAAAAUCCAUCGAAAGAAACCAGGAGUCUUCUGACGCCACAAGAAGAUCGGGAAAUCGGAGUAAUUUCUUCCAAGCUUUACUGGAACUAUUUUAGAAGCGGACUGUCUACUUGGAUGAUUUUGGCGAUAACCCUUUUCACUAUAAUUGUCCAAGGUAAGACUUAGAGAGGCUUUUCCAAAUACCUCACUGUGGAUCCCUCUACUGCACAAGAUUAGCUAUAGUUUUUCACAUAAAAUUUCGACAUGGUCACUCGUAAAAGUUUCCGCACCUCGGGCGGUUAAUUUGCCUUAAAUUUGAGUUCUCAUUUGCGAUGUGUUGCUUUCUUCUGCUUGGCUAUAACCUAAUUGCUUGAAGUUAACAACAGUUAAUCGAAAUGCGCCCGAUAUAAUUACCUUAACAUGUACAAUGUAUUAAAGUAUGGGCUAAAAACUUAAAAUAUUCACCUUGCAAAGAAUUUUGGCAAAUAUUCCGUCAUACACUGGAGCCUUUUACGUAGUAUUCCAAGUGAGGUUGUUUGCCGUUUUGAAACGUCUUGAUGUGCCAUGCGGUAGCUUUAUGUUUAAGACUGAACUGAGGGAGAACCAUAGGUGCUUCACUUCAUAGCUUAUGAAAUAUCGAUGAUAAGAAAUAGGGUUUGACAUAAAUUACGGAAACAUGCGGAGCACGCAUUUGACACUGGUACUGCACUAGCCAAAAAAAUUGGAAAACCUUAUCCUUCUCACUUUCAUGCAUCUUGGGCCUAGAAGAUCUCAACAUUCACAUGCAAUAUGACCAUUAAGAAAGGCGCAAAAUUCUAAAGUGUAUUAGAUUUCAGAUGAAAUGACGGCCAUGCCACUUUCUUUUCAGGAUUAUUGGCUGCUCCUGACGUGUGGCUCUCGUUUUUGACAAAGCAACUUCCUCAAGAUCAAAAAGAUCGAUCGAGCUUAGAAGUCUACGGAUGUCUUACUGGAGUAGCACUUAUAUUUGUCUUAGCACGAACAUUUAUAUUACUCUCCUGCUUUUUGCGAUGCUCUGAGCGUCUUCAUGACAAGAUGGUCGUUGCCAUUUUGAAAGCUCCUGUUAUGUUCUUUGAUUCGAAUCCCGUGGGAAGAAUCCUUAAUCGAUUUUCUAAAGAUGUUGGUUGGUUGGACGAGCAGUUACCCAAAACGUUUCAGUCAGCGAUCGAUACAGUUUUACUUGUGUCUGCGUCAAUAAUCAUCCCGACUGUUAUGAAUCCUUGGCUAUUUUUCGUACUUGUACCGUUGAUUUUAGCCGUUAUAUACUUCUCCACGUAUUAUUUGAAGACAUCCCGGGAGCUUAUGAGGUUAGCGUCCAUAUGUCGUAGUCCAGUAUUCUCUAAAAUUUCGGAGACCCUUGAUGGACUCGACACGAUUCGAACCAGAGGGAGACAAAGUGAUUUUGUGGAGGAGUUUUACAGGUGGGUUUAUUAUACUAUUUAUUAUAAUUACCUCAAUAAGGAGGAUACAGUCCCCAGGGUGUGUCACACAGUGCCAAACAGAGGGUACUCAAAAGUUUUCGCCACCUGGAUAUUGUUGGUUGUUUGCUUAAAAAAAGGUUUACAAGCAAGAGCACCCACCUCUCUCCCCCUUGCUACACCCUUGGUCCCCACUUAUGAAAAAGGGUAGGAAUAAAGUCUACUAAAAGCUCUGACAUUUUUUCCCUCUGCUUAUUUUGGGAGAAAUAAGUGCGAUGUCCCAGUGAUUAAUGGACGUUUUUUUCGGUCCCUUAGAAGUUUAAUGGACCAAAUGACAAUACAGCCUCCUCUAAUUUUUCUUUUGUAUGUGUGUUUUCCUAAAGACAUCAUGAUGUUCUUAAUCAAGCAAACAUCUUGGUAUUGGCCAGUGGGAAAUGGAUCAGUGUGCGCUUUGAGAUUCUUGCAUCACUAUUUGUUGGUGCAGUGGCUUUAGCAGCUGUUUUGGUAUCUCAAGAUGCCGGUGAGUAUAUAGUCAAUAAACAAAACAAAGCCUAAAUCAUAAAUUUAUCUUUAAAUUAGUGAACGAAACCUCAAUAAAAUCAAAGCAGUCACAUCAGCUUCUCAGAAAUAUGGUGAUCAGUAAAAAGGCGUAUACGUAGUACAAGGCAUUCGAAUAGACCCGAGAGAAGUUUUAGAGCCACUUUAAACAGCACGUUUCCGCAUGCGAUCCAAACAGGCCUCCAUCAAAGCAACUGAAGCGAUCCUCAUAAAAGAAUUUGCCCUUGAUGAUUAACCCCUACACUGCCUUAUAUCACCUCCUACGACAAGGUCCAGUGAUUAUAAAACUUCUUUGACUAUUUGAUGUAGAAAACCAAUUAGUAACUUGUUUGGUAAGAUCUAAGUGUCCAAUUUUUCGUUCAAUCAGCUUUUGCUGGACUUGCCUUGGCCUACGUCGUCGAAAGAUUUGGGCCGGCUCAAAACGCCGUAAGAAAAACCGCGGAAGUCGAGAAUCUAAUGACGUCAGUUGAACGAGUUAUUACGUAUACCAAGCUUGAGUGUGAGUCUGGAUACAUAAUAGAACGACGACCCCCGGAAAAAUGGCCAAGUGAAGGAAAUAUCAUACUUAAAGACGUUUCAUUAGCAUAUUAUCCGGGAGGACCGCAAGUGUUGAACAACAUCAAACUCAAUAUCGAAGGAGGAACAAAGAUCGGUGUUACUGGCCGGACGGGGUCUGGAAAGUCAUCUUUUGUGGCAGCUCUAAUGCGCAUGCCUGAAUCGUGUGGUGAAAUAAUCAUUGAUGGCAUUCCAAUAAAGGCAAUCAACCUCCAGGAAACUCGACGAUGCAUAUCCGUUCUUGGCCAAAGUCCAGUGCUGUUCAGUGGUUCAUUGAGGAAAAAUCUCGAUCUCACUGAGCAGUUUACCGAUGCGGAUUUGUGGCAAGUUCUACAAGAUGUGCAAAUGAAAGAGUCAGUGGAAAGUCUUUACGGUCAACUUGAUCACGAACUGUUAGAAAAUGGUGCAAAUAUCAGUGUAGGAGAACGACAGUUGAUCUGUUUGGCUCGUGUACUGUUGCAACGAAACACGAUCAUCGUUUUGGAUGAACCCACUGCAAAUGUAGAUCCAGAAACAGAAAAAACAAUCUGGGGCGUAGUGCGUGAAAAACUGAGAGAUUCUACGGUCAUCACUAUAGCUCAUCGAUUGAACACCAUUCUGGACUGUGACAAAGUUCUAUUUUUGAAACAUGGAGAGGUAGCAGAGUUCGACAAGUUGGACACAUCAAUGAACAUAGAAGGAAGUGAGUUGGGUGAAAUGGCGUGAAUUGCAAAUAGCAAUAGAACGUAAAUAUACGUAGCUAAUUUACUGACUGGACAGUUUUUAGUAAAUGUUCUUUAACGUUACGGAAAUGGUGGGUGUUUUAUGUAAAGCUAAUAAUGAGUUAUCUCUAUAUUCAUAAAUUAAGGGAGUAUGCAUUUAGUCUUGUUCAGUUGUUGGACGAGACUGAGCUGCUGAAGGUUUAAAUUCUAUUUCAUUCUGAGUUGUUAUUACCAACAGAGGUAUGGUCUUCGAUUAAUUCGUCCGCUGAAGAGAUGAGUGUUAAGGUCAUUCUUAAUAUUACAUUAUGUUUCCUCACUGCGCAUGAUCUGACUCAUGCUCGAGGGGCGUCAAUUUUGAAAAAUUAGGUUUUUUGUUUAUGGCUAGACGCCGCUAGAGAGAAAUCGUCAUUUUCACGAAAACGAAAAACAGUGAACUAUCGUUUGAUUUGUUUUGUUUGAUUUUCUGGUGGGUUGAUAUUGAUAAGUGUAAGAGUAAAUAAGUCAGCUGAUAAUAGAAGAAAUCAACGUAUAAAUAGAAGUUAACGCUUCUCCUUGGGGAGUGUGCGACUUCCUUUUCAUUCUUCGAAAUUUAAGUUCCCAAAAAUAAAAACCACAAAGUAAAGUCUGUUAAACAUUUCAGGGCAGGUUCUAUUUCAGUGGAAUGACGUUUCUGGCUUGUUUAGCAAACGCAAGUAGUAUAGUUCUUGGGGCUUUUCACGCAUUUUCGCCGCAGUACGAUUCUAGCACAUAUUUAUCAUCUGUCAAGUCUCAGCAAGGAUAUAUUUCCACUUUCUACAACCACUUUUUAAAAUCACUGCUCAGCUACUUGAAAAAUGGUUUUUAUGAUAAACAUGUUUUGCGCUGGCUUUUUUGCAUUAUAAUCCAUAAUAUAUUUAUUAUAUUAUAGAUCCGUAGAGAUGAAAGAUUAUAAAGUGUUAAAAUCAAAGAAUUUCUAUAGUAUAAACGCAGAGAUAUAGAUAUUAAAAUGUUAAAAUCAAAGAAUUUCUAUAGUAUAAAUGCAAAGAGAUAAAGAUAUUAAAAUGUGAUAAAUUAAAGAAAUAAUAUUGACAUACAGCCCACAUGAUGACGUCAUUGAAACAUGUUGUCGAUUAGGGACUUUCCUAAAGAAAAAACGCUAAACUUUUUGUGUAAAAUUUGCAAAAAUAUUUGCCUUUGUAUUCUGUAGUCUCUGUAUUAUGCAUAUGUGUCACGCCAUCUUGGUGAAUGUAACGCUAAUCAUCAAAACAAGACACUUAAGUAAGCUUGUAGCAGCCUAAUUCGUGAUUCAUGCUUCUGAUUAUAUUCAUUUUAUGGUACAUUUGUUCGUUGUUGAAUAAUGUGAUCUUAUAAUUGACGUGUGCGAUGUUUUUGCUGAUUACAUUCUUUUUGAUACCUUUAGCAGUUUUGUCAUUGUCUUUCAUGUAACUGUACAUUUUUGAUCGUAGUAAGAUGAAUUCAGUAAUUGGUAUACCUC